AUGGGCACUUCACAAUCCGACUUCCCCUGCUCGUUAGUGAUUGACGUCCCUCUCUUGAGCCACCGCCUCGCGUCUGCAGCUCUGCGUGCCCUUCAGGUCGAUGCUGAAUUGUCUCCUCUCGUGCGCCGAAAAUUUACCUUGGUGGCCUCGGACUCGGGAGCCCAAUCGACGACUGGCCACGCCAGUGAGGGUGGGUUGGAAGACGAUCGGAAUGUCAUCCUUCGUACCGAAUACUCUGCAACAACCAAUCGAAUGCUUCGAGUGGCCGUCAAUGGCUUUAUGGAGUCUUUGAGCGUUGUCUUGCAGGUUAUGGAAGAGUUAGAUGUGGAUGUGCUCGAGUCACAACCGUGA